AGUGUUGAAAUAUACAAAUUAUAAGCCAUGGAGGUUGCUAUACCCAUUACCAAUGAGCUGGAGCAACGCAUCUCCGACGCCUUCUGCAUCUUCGAUCAUCACGGCGAUAAGCGCAUCGACAUACGCGAAGUGGGCACCGUGUUGCGCUUUCUGGGCUGUGUACCCACUGAGCAGGAGAUAAAUGAAGUAAUCGCGGCAACCGAAAUGGAGGAAUCCGCAGGAGAUGUGCAUCUAUCCAAAUUCAUGCCGCAUGUGGCGCAAUUGUUAGCCGAACGAAAAAUGGAACCAGCUUCGCCGGAGAAAAUUCUCGCUGCUUUUCAAAUCCUGGAUCCAGAGCAAAAGACUUAUAUAACCAAAGAGUAUAUGAGCAAGAUGAUGAUGGAGGAAGGUGAACCCUUCACACAGGAGGAGCUCGAUGAAAUGCUAGCUGUAGCUAUCGAUCMCAUCACUGGCAAUAUACCGUAUGAGUUUUAUAUCAAUCAGCUGAUGCACGAGCCAGCGAAUUCGAUUUAUGAGCUUGCUACAAGAUAUUGGACUUUAAAACCGAAAGAGAUAAAACGCGGCUCCAAAUGGGCCGGCAGUCGCAUUAGUAUUAGAUAGAAAAAUGUUUCUUUGAUAUUUAUUUAAAAGUAGAAAUAUUUUAUUUAGCAAAAAUUCUGUAUAUAAAUAUU